AUGGUUGAAGAUCUGAGAAGGCUUGAAAAUGCGCUGAAAAAGAUACGGAUAGACUUUCCUGAGCUCCUGCAGGAGAACUAUGUGCCGGGCCCGGUCAUACAGAACGUGUACGCGUCCGAGAAGGCGUAUGAGGACUUUGAAGACACACACCAAAUGCUUUCCAGCGGGAUAGAGCCGCUGAUCGAGAGCAACAUAGACCCGCUGAAGGACUCUGCGGUUCGGUACUACACCGUCCACAAGAAAAUCAUAGCUGCGUUUGAAGACGUCUCCGAGGCAGAGAGCCAUCUGUCUGCUCUUAUAUCUGCAGUCAAGUCUGGAAGCAUUGCUCGACACAUAGAUCAGCUGAAGGCGAGCCAGGUAAAGUACGAGCGGAGCGUCGAAGAGUCGGCCAUAAAGCAGGCGCUUGCCGUGGACACGCUUACAAUCAAGGACAUAUACGCAGGCAGGCUCAGCGCCAUAAUGGAAAACUUGCAGUACGUAACCGAGAAAAGCGCCAGACUAGAAAUAAAAUACCACACAGAAAACGCUUUAUGGAAAACCAAGAAGGAAAUCGAGGCCAGAAUAAAGGCCGCUUUGGCAGGAAAGCUCUCUCUGCCCUCAAUGGAUAUUAAGGUGCUGGAAAUAAUCGCAGGCUGUUCGCUGGUCGCCGUGCACGAAGCGGUGAACAGCUGCACAAUAGAGAUAGUAAACAAAGCCUCUGCAGAGCUGAGAGCGUCGAUAGAAAAAAAGAGCAUGUUCACAAAGGAAGACGAAAUCCAGGCAGUUUCUCGGGCGCUGCAGCAGUUCACAGAAGAAAUUUCGGGCCUUCUGCACAGCAUCCAGGACAUCUUGCUGAAGAGAGGCCAGUCUGAAGAGAAGCUGGCAGGCAAGUAUCGCUACAACCCGGAGCUGUACGAAAAGAUCGCUCUGGACAAAGCGGUGCCGCACGGAUCCAUACAUGUAGAGCUCCCCUUGUACGACACGUCUGCAAGAGAGAAGGAUCUUUUUGAGAGCGUUGCCGAGUGGAUCAGGAGGUUUUUUAAGCGGCUUUCCGGGGGAAGCGAGCACACGUCGGGCGAUAUCCUGGGGUACAAAAUAGAAAACAUCAACCGGUCAGAAACAGCAAACCUGAUGUACAGAGAGCUCUUCCAGAACAAGUAUGGGCAGAUCGCGGUGGCUGACGAAAGCAUAAGAGCAGCAGCUCCGGUGAUGAAUGUGUACUCGGUUACGUCAGAAGAGUCCAUACUUAUCAUGCAUGGAGCCGCCAUGGAGAUUUCUUCUGUUUUCCGGAGCAUACUUUCAAGCAUCCUUCCGGCGCACCUUCGCCUGGCCGAGAAAGUGAACGACCUUGAGCUGGGUAAAUGCUUCCAAAAGAAAAAAGACGCGCUUCUGGCGCAGAUAAAACGGGCCUCUGAGAAGGCGACCACAGACCACACGUCCUCGUUUCUGCACACGUAUUGCAAGAGCAUGCAGAAGGUGCUUUUGGACUUAGAGAGCCUAGCCUCCAUCCAAAUAUGCGGGAUUAGGCAAGAAGUAGUAGCGGCUCAAGAAGACGUUCUGAGCAGCAUGCUGCCCUCCUUGGAGAGCAUUUUUCGGUAUGUCUCUCGGUGCGGCGAGUCUUUUGGCCUAGACAUCCAGUACUACCGAGAAGAGGCUGUUUUCCAGGAAAUCGCCAGAUGGAACAGCCCCGAAAAAGAGACAGGCGUGCUGGGGCCGUCGAUAUUCACUGGAUACACAGGAAAAAAGUUUUGCGCUGUCUCGGAGCUCAUUUCGCUGCCGGAAAGAGCGCUGGGGAUCAUAUCUCGGCUUAAGGAGCAGGCCAGAGGCAAAGAAAGCGCCCAGGGCCGGGCUGGAGAUGCACCGGAGAGCCGGGCUAGAGCUUUGCAGAAAAAAGCCGCAGGCCUGGCCAACAAAAUGUUUGGGCACUUUAUGUCACAUCUGCUUUCGCUCGCCAAAGUGACUAUUGACCAGCUGCUUGUGAAAGGAACCAUCCUAGACAGAAAGCUUGAGCACCUUUUGUCGUACGACACUAGGUUUGCAGACCGAGCGAGAAGCAUGCUUCAGCUGUAUGUGACCACGCAGCUCAUAGUGCAGGUUGAGAAGUGCGGAUCGUACUCUACGCACUUUCCGUUCAAGCAGGCUAUAUGCAGCCUGCAGCAAAGCCUGGAGCCCCAGGGCAGUGACCCCUUUCGAAGCAACUUCAAGUAUUUGCCGCAGUGCAUUUUCUAUAUUGUGCCGUACCUCCAGCGAAAAGACAGGCUCUUUGCAGCAGGCCUUCUAGAGAUGUACCGAGAAAACGAGCUUGUAGUGAACAAGAUAAUGUGCUUGCUCAAAAGCAGCGAGUGGAGUGUAAGCGCAAAAGCGGGCAGAAAGCUGGCACGCUAA